AUGUCUUUUCAAGAAUGUGUGCUAUUUAUCGCGGCCAUCAUUGUCCUGGUCUUUUCAUGGAAGAAAACUUUCGCAAGGAAACGAAUUGACGAAUUACCCCCUGGGCCUAGCAGGAAGCCAAUCAUAGGAAAUUUAUUAGAUUUGCCUGCUUCGGGUGUGCCAGAGUGUCUACACUGGCUGAAACACAAAGAGCGUUAUGUUGCUAAUUGCGAGGCCUUGGGAUUUGAAGGGCCUCUUAGCUCUAUCGAAGUUUUUGGUCAAGUGAUCAUCAUCAUCAAUGACAGAAGACUCUCAUUUGAAAUUCUUGAGAAGAACUCGGCCAAACAUUCAUCUCGCCCUCGUUUGGUCUUUGCGGACGAACUGUAUGUAUUAGCCUGUUCUGAUUAUUAUUCACUUCAGAGGGCAUGGAAAAUGAACGGUAGCAUUGUCCAUUCAUGUAGCCCUCUUGCAGCUGUAUCAAUAUCGAUACUAAUAAUCUUGGCGCACGGCAGUUCUGGAUGGGGUGAAGCACCAUCGAGUCAAGAUAAUACGAAUCUUCUCCGGGCCUACCGUCGAGCAAUAUUUCGAGUCAUUGGGACAAAUGCAUCGGCUUCCAAAUUUGAUAGUCUGCUAGAGUUGGAAGCGAGACGAUUCACAUGGCGUGUACUUCAUCGGCCUCAAAACUUUGUUGACCAUAUUCGAACUAAUGCGGGCGCCUUUAUUUUGAAGGUCACUUACGGCUAUAAUGUUGAGCCUCACGGUGAGGAUCCUCUCGUUGGCCUGGCUGAAUUGGCGCUGCAACAAUUCUCAAAAGCCAUUAUUCCAGGCGCAUGGUUGGUUGACCAUGUACCGGAAUGGUUCCCCGGCGCGGGAUUCAAGAAGAUUGCGCGCAAUUAUUCCGAGACCUUGAAAAUGUUAGUGGAGAAUCCAUUUUCUUUCUCAAAGUAUAUGAUCAAUCACAACAACUUCCGUCACUCUUUUGUUUCAAGUCUUCUGAAUCAAGGAGAGGAUGAAAACAUUGUUAAAUGGGCGUCGAUGGCAAUGUAUAGUGCUGGAGCAGAUACGGUAGGAUCAAACUCAUUGAAUCCGAUCGUGUCCGCUAUUGAAGCCUUCUUUCUCGCCAUGGUAUUAUAUCCAGAUAUCCAACGCAAGGCACAGGAAGAGAUUGACUCUGCUUUUGACGAACCUACUCUCCCGACAAUGGCUGAUAAAGCAAAGCUACCUUACAUCAAUGCAAUGGUUAAAGAAGUACUCCGAUGGCAUACAGUAACACCAUUAGGAGUUCCUCAUAAAACAGACUGUGAUGAUGUUGUCAAUGGCAUGCUCAUUCCAAAGGGUGCAUUGUCGUUCAACAAUGAUCCAUUGAUGUACCCCGAUCCAUCGACUUUCAGGCCCGAAAGAUUUCUCUUUCCCGAAAAUUCGCAAGUCGUUGCUGAUCCACAUAGCAUAAGCUUUGGAUUUGGCCGACGGAUAUGUCCUGGAAAGUUGAUAGCUGAUGCGUCAUUGUUCCUGACAAUCGCACAUUCCCUUGCUGUCUUCCACAUUGACAAAUCUAUCGACACCGAAGGCAACGAAAUAAACCCGAAUGUUGACUUUACUGCAGGAAUAAUCAGCCAUCCAAAGCCUUAUGACUGCAACAUUACACCACGCAGCCAGCGGCAUAAGGAGCUCAUCCUUAAACUGGAAACUCAAGAUCCGUUUGAAUGUGGCGAUGCAGCGUCUCUAGCAGAAGCGAUCGAUUUCUUCAAGAAGAUGCAAAAUUGA